AGUCCGCGGGGAAAACGAAACUGAGAGGGAGCAGCCCAGACCCGGCGCGGCUUCGCGGACAGCGGCGGCGCCAGGUCACUGGAAGAAAAAAUGGCUGAUGAUCUUUCAGUAGGUUUCUACAUAGGAGAACUUAAUAAAUACUGUCAGAAGAACCGCAUAGAGGUUAACUAUCGCGAAGUGUCUAAGACAGGACCUCCACAUGACUUAAGGUUUACAAUUCAAGUUAUAUUAGAUGGGAUAGAAUAUCCCGAAGCUAAAGGCAAAUCAAAGAAAGAGGCAAAAAAUGCUGCAGCCAAGUUAACUCUUGAAAUACUUAAAGAAAAACGGGAAACUAGUUCUUUAUCCCUAUCGACAACAGAUACUUCAGAUGAUUUAUCCAGUGAGAAUUUCAUAGGUCGUCUGGAUAGGUUUGCCCAAAAGGAAAGACUCUCUGUAAAUUAUGAACAAAGAAAUGAAUUGAGCGCAAGUGGGCCCGGAAGGUUUUUUUGUAAAUGCAAAAUUGGACAGAAAGAAUAUGCUGGUGCUGUAGGUUCUACUAAACAGAAGGCAAAACAUUUGGCUGCUAAACUUGCAUAUGAACAGAUCAUAUUAGAAAAAAGGUCAACGAAACGUGAUUUAGGAUCCUCUGACUGUUCCCUGGAUGGGUCCAGUGACUGUGAGAUCAGCUUCUUGGCACCCAAUUCUGAAUCACGCUCUGAAAGUGGCUUUUCAGGAAAUGGAUCAGAGAAAAAUGAUGACAGUUUUACUAAUUCUCUUUCAUCUUCUAUGAGUGGUCUCAGAAAAAGUUUGAAGAAUGUGAAGAUAAAUUUGGCACCUAAAUUUGACUCUCCUGCAAAUGAGCAUUCUGUGAAUGAGAGGUUUAUCCAGGAUUUUGAAGAAAUAAUACAAAUUGGCUCCGGUGCAUAUGGCAGGGUUUUCACAGCAAAACACAAACUUGAUAAGAAGACCUACGUUAUUAAACGUGUUAAAUACAAUGACGACGACGAUGAGGACGAGAAGGUAAAGCGUGAAGUAGAAGUUUUGGCAAAGCUUAGUCAUCCAAAUAUUGUUCGCUACUAUAACAGUUGGAAUGGAGAUGAUUACAUCAAAAGAUCAUUGAUGAAGUGUCUUUUCAUCCAAAUGGAAUUCUGUGAUAAGGGGACAUUGGAAGCCUGGAUUGAGAACAGAAGAGGGAAGAAUCCAAACAAAGAUUUGUCUUUGGGAUUAUUUAAGCAAAUAGUAACAGGAGUGGAUUAUAUACAUGCAGAAGGGUUAAUUCAUAGAGAUCUUAAGCCAAGCAACAUAUUUUUAGUAGAUACAAAACAAAUAAAGAUUGGAGACUUUGGACUUGUAACAUUCCAGAAAUAUGAUAAACUGCGGACAGAAGAGAGGGGAACUCCAUCCUACAUGAGCCCAGAACAGCUCACUUCAGUACAAUAUGGAAAUGAAGUGGACAUCUUUGCCUUAGGGCUAAUUCUCUCAGAGCUUCUUUAUAUAGCUGGCACUCGUCAGGAAACAUCUAAGAUUUUCCAAGAUCUAAGGAAGGGCCAUGUCUGGGAUAUAUUUGAUGACAAAGAAAAAAUUCUCCUACAGAAAUUAGUUGCAGCUGACCCCAAGAUGCGACCUAAAACAUCUGAAAUACUGAAGACUUUGAAGGAGUGGAAUAAUGUUCCAAAGAAAAAUAUGCGAAACACGUAUUAGUGCCUUUCUAAAAACGUAGCCUGCUUCUGAUGUUUGAUUUUCCUGUAAUUGUCUAAAAUCUGCUAGGGAAUAUUGAUGAUAUUUACCUGCUGUUUUCAUUUUUCCCUUAAAUUUUUUAAUACGUUUGCAGAAAGGUUUACACCUUUUUAAAAAAAAUUGGUUUUUAGAGCCCGACCAGUGUCACUCAGGGGUUGAGCAUUGACCUAUGAACCAGGAGGUCACAGUUCCUUUCUAGGUCAGGGCACAUGCCCAGGAUGUGGGCUCAGUCCCCAGUGGGAGGCGUGCAAGAGGCAGCCAAUUAAUGAUUCUCUCUCAUCAUUGAUGUUUCUCUCUCUCUCUCUCUCUCUUCCUCUCUGAAACCAAUAAAAAUAUAUUUUAAAAGAAGAAGGCAAAUGCUGCUCAGCAGCAACCUCCAUCCUUAUAAAAAAUGAUUUUUAGAAGAAAGAGAGAGAGAGAGAGAGAGAGAGAGAGAGAAACAUUAUUGAGAGAGAGAAAUAUUGAUCAGUUGCCUCCCGCAUGUGCCCUGACCAGGGGUCGAACCCUCAUCCUGGGUAUGUACCCUGACUGGGAAUCGAACCUGCCACCUUUCAGUGUAUGGGACAAUGCUCCAACCAACUGAGCCAUACUGGCCAGGGCUAUACUUUUUAACUUCAAAAACAUUUUUGCAUUUGACUUUCCCUAGCUCAGCUCCUUAUUAUGAAGACUGGGGGGAAAAAAAUCUCUCAAUUUUUAUAUUUUAAUGAAUUUAUUAAUUUUUAAUGAAUUAAUUAUUAAAUAUUUUUAAAUGUCUGUUUCUAGUAAAAAAAAAUAAGCUCUCUCCCUAUUUUACUUUAUUUUUUUUUUUUAAAAAAUAUAUUGAUUUUUUACAGAGAGGAAGGGAGAGGGAUAGAGAGUUAGAAACAUCGAUGAGAAUCAUCGAUCAGCUGCCUCUUGCACACUCCCCACUGGGUAUGUGCCCGCAACCAAGGUACAUGCCCUUGACCGGAAUCGAACCUGGGACCUUUCAGUCCGCAGGCCGACGCUCUAUCCACUGAGCCAAACCGGUUAGGGCUCUUUCCCUAUUUUAAAUAGCUAACAAGCCAGUUGGAGAAAAAUUGUUACCAUAAAAAGAUAAAUUAUAUGCAAUCACUUUGGAAAACAAUUUAUCCUCUAAUAAAGAUAUAUGUCUAUA